UUCAAAGGGAGAGGCUAAAUGGACACUAUGGUGUGACUGCAUUUGUUAUAAGCAACACAUUAUCUGCAACACCAUUCUUAAUAUUAAUCACUUUUCUCUCUGGAACAAUUUGUUACUUCAUGGUUCAACUACAUCCUGGCUUUUCCCAUUACAUUUUCUUUGUGUUGUGUCUCUAUGCAAGUGUCACAGUUGUUGAAAGCUUAAUGAUGGCAAUUGCUAGUAUUGUUCCUAACUUCCUCAUGGGAAUUAUCAUUGGAGCUGGGAUUCAAGGUAUAUUCAUGUUGGUCUCUGGCUACUUUAGGCUCCCACAUGAUAUCCCAAAGCCUGUUUGGUGAUAUCCAAUGUCAUACAUUAGUUUCCACUAUUGGGCAUUACAGGGUCAAUACCAAAACGAUCUUAAGGGUUUGAUAUUCGACAACCAGACACCUGAUCUUCCAAAGAUACCAGGCGAAUACAUCUUGGAGUAUGUAUUCCAAAUCGACGUCAAAAGAUCAAAAUGGAUAGAUUUAAUUGUGAUCUUAAGCAUGAUUAUCAUCUACCGCAUUAUUUUCUUCAUCAUGAUUAAAAUCAAUGAAGAUGUUACUCCUUGGGUUAGAGGGUAUCUUGCUAGGAGAAGAAUGCAACAAAAGAGUGGAGCUCAAAACACAACUAUUGCACCUGAUGUUCUCACUCAAUCUCCAUCUUUGAGAGCCUACAUUUCUAAUCAAAGGUAGGAAUUAUAGUCCUCUUUUGAUUAUUACUUUAUUUCACUUUAAUUAAUCAUGUGGACUUUUUUGUGUGUAUCUCUUUAAAAUGGCUUGUGAACAUUUUAUAAAGAGAGAUAUGGAAAUUUCACAUGAUAAACUAAUGUGAAAUUAUAUUAUAUGGUGAUACAUUAGCUUGAAGAUUGAGAUUAAAGAUAAGAAAUUAUGUCCUCCAAAUUUGAAUGAAGAUUGAAGCUUGUAGUUUUAAAUAGGAUUAGAUUUAUAUUUAACUAUAAUUCUUAUCAUUUUCAUAGGUGUUUUGCUUUUAACUAUGUUGAUAUAUGAAUUCUAGAGUGUUUAUUAUCAACUCAUGAAAUUCUAUUCUCAGUGUCCUCCUAUAUUUCAUUAAUGCUUGUUUGGUGGAACAAAUAUAAGUGAUUUGAGUAUAA